AUGGCUCGGCGGAGACCCCUUCUCGUCCUUGGCAUCCUGGCCGCGGUGGCUUUCCUAUUUCCGGGCCGCAUCCGAGUGCCCAGGGAUGUGGCAAGAAGAGGCAUCCCCGAGCUCUCGAAGUCCCAGGAGCUGCUCCACCAGCUCGCAGACGACAUGGACGAGCUGGCCAAGAUGCUGCCAGACGAGGGCGAAGAUGACGAUGAGGUCUUGCGACGAGAGCAGGCGCAGCAAGAGCCAUCACCAGCAGCCACCUCAGAGUCGCAGGCUCUGGCGACGGGCAGUGUGGAGGUGGGCCAGGUGGUGUCGGGCCUCGAUGUCGGUGCCCUGCAACCAGUGGGUGACAACCAGUACAUCGCCACAGUUGAACAGAUUCAGGCCAUUGUAAAUGACAAGGUCCAGAAGUACACGGCUGUGAUCAAGAGCUUCGAAAGGUACAUCAACGAGCUGGAAGAGGAACUUGAAAAGACUGAAGUCGAGCUGGAGAAGAAGGACCAGACAUUGCAAGAAGAAGCCAGGCUAAGGCAGGAAGCGCAAGCGGAAGUCUUGAAGCUGGCGGACGAGCGCGAGGAGUUGGAAAGGUCUCUCCUCAUGGCGCAGGAGGCAUGCCUUCGGACAUGGGACAUUCGGUAG